AUGCGCGAAAUUAUCCAUUUGCAAGUUGGUCAAUGUGGAAAUCAAAUUGGCUCUGCAUUUUGGUACGCCUACCUUCGAUUUGUCGAUCAGGCCAAAGUCAUUAAUGAUCACAAUAGGGAGAACAUUCACAAUGAACAUGGCCUAGACAGUGAUGGCAUCUUCCGGGGGACAGCCAGCGUUCAACAGGAACGUCUAGAGGUUUAUUUUAAAGAAAAUCCCGGCAACAAGUUUGUUCCUCGUGCAGUCUUGACGGAUCUGGACCCAAACACCAGAGAUAUCAUUCGGUCUGGCCCUAUGGGUCAACUCUUUUGUCCCGACAACUUCGUUUUUGGCCAGUUAACGGCUGGCAAAAACUGGGCGAAAGGUUACUAUGAGGAAGGCGCAGAGCUAGCGAAUGAAGUCCUCGAUGUGGUACGACGUGAAGCAGAGGAAUGUGAUUGUCUCUCAGGGUUCCAAAUCACCCAUUCCCUAGGCGGUGGAACUGGCGGCGGCAUGGGUACACUACUAACUUCAAAACUACGCGACGAAUUUCCUGAUCGCAUGAUAGCUACCUUCUCCAUCUUACCUUCAGCAUACCCGAGUAUCUCGGAAUCUCUUGUCGAACCCUACGACGCUACGUUAUCCAUCCAUCAGUUGAUUGAACACGCAGAUGAGACUUUCUGCAUCGACAACCAUACCCUGUACGAUAUUUGCAAACGCACUCAAGAAUUCCCGUCUUACGAAGACCUCAAUCAUCACAUUUCGAAGGUCAUGUCUGGUCUUACUACCUGCUUUCGAUUUCCCGGGCAGUUGAAUUCAGACCUGCGCAAGAUGGCUUUGGACAUGGUGCCAUUUCCACGCUUGCACUUCUUCACAGUGGGCUUUGCCCCUUUGACGACUGCUUCUCGAGUAAUCACUAUCCCAGAGCUCACACAGCAACUGUUCGAUCCCCAGAAUUCUAUGUCUGCUUCUGAUUUACGGAACGGCCGAUUUCUAAAUUAUUUAGCAGUUUUUCGUGGCGAGGUAGACAUGAAAGAGGUCGGAGAACAAAUCGAUAGUAUACAAAGCAAAAGUUCAGACUGGAUUCCCAAUGAUAUCCAGACUACGUUUUGUUCUGUUCCGUCUUCUGAACAGGAGGUCUCGUCAACCUUUGUUGGUAACUCGACCGCGAUUCAAGGGCCGUUCAAACGUAUCGGAGAUGAAUUCCAUGUCUUGUUCAGGAAGAAGGCCUACCUGUUUAUGUGGAGUGCAAAUAUGGAUGAGAUGGAAUUCACUGAAGCUAUGGAGGGUGUGCAUGAUCUCGUUGAUGAAUAUCGGCAAAAUCAGGAAGUCGGGACUCAAGUUGAAGGGUACUGUGAAGAAGGCCUAGAUUGA